UCAUUUAAAAACAGAGGUUAAUGAUAAGACUGAAAAAUUGAUAGAUUGUAUUUAUCAUAUUAUUACUUUUGUUCAACGGUUAUGUGAUAAAAGCAGCGCUGACUGAUUGAAAUUUAGGAAAGUGAAUCUUUGAAGAGAUUGGUGAUGAGAGGUGGCGGUUGUGUUGCACUGGGCCUUUAAAUGGAUUUUGCAUCCGGAUCAGCGCCUUCAAUGCCCGGACAGACCUACCGAUGACAGCCCAUCGUUAACGUGUUUGUAGAGAAGAGCUUAACAGGUGCAGUGCUACUGCUGGCUGUCGGCUCACUAUGGCCCAGAACCAGGUGAUCCUGCAGUUCCGCUUUGCCACAUUUGGGGACUCGAUGCUGCAGAAGAUGAACCUCCUACGACACCAGAGACGUUUCUGUGAUGUCACUGUGCGCAUCAACCAGCUGGAGGUCCCUGGUCACAAGGUAGUGUUUGCCGCUGGCUCGUCUUUCCUGAGGGACCAGUUCAUCCUUCAGCAGGACUCCGGGGAGGUCCAGAUCUCCAUGAUCCAGGAGGCGGAGGUAGGCCGGCAGCUGCUGCUGUCCUGCUACACAGGGCAGCUGGAGUUUCCGGAGCUGGAGCUGGUGCAUUACCUGACAGUGGCCAGCUUCCUCCAAAUGGGCCACAUUGUGGAGCAGUGCACCCAAGCUCUCAGCAAGUUCAUUAAACCUCAGCCUGCACGCCAGCUGGAGCUGGAUGUGGGGAUAAGUAGGGAGAAGAAGGAGGAGGAGGGGUUAUCCUCCCAGGCCCAGAGAGAACAGGAGCACUCCCAGGUCCGGACUGUCCAUCAAGAGGGGGGGGAAGUGGUGCAGGUUGGGGACGACAACAAUGACGAUAAUGAUGAUCCAGAGGAUGACGAUGAGGAUAUGAUCAUACAGCCGGUGUCCCCUCUUCAUAACUUAGGCAGACGUCCAAAGCAGGGCGUGGUGGAGAGCGACAUCACUAUCAUAAAAGUGGAGUCUGUGUCUGACGUAGCAGAAAACUCCAUCGCUGGUCACUUCCCCGCCAGUCCACCUCCUGCCCUUCACUCUCCUGAGCCCCAGCACUCCCUCAUAAACUCUACCGUUGACAGCCGUGGCAGUGAGAUGGCGGCUCCGCCCGGCGGGACCGGGUACACGCUCAGCCCCCCACCUGCAUACCCUCCGGCAGAGAAACACAGUGUGCACCAGAGGAACUACGACAAACCCCUCCAGUGGUACCACCAGUGUCCAAAGUGCUCGCGGGUCUUCCGCCAGCUGGAAAACUACGCCAACCACCUCAAGAUGCACAAGCUGUUCAUGUGCCUUCUGUGUGGCAAGACCUUCACGCAGAAGGGCAACCUGCACCGGCACAUGCGGGUCCACGCUGGCAUCAAGCCCUUCCAGUGUAAAAUCUGUGGGAAGACCUUCACGCAAAAGUGUUCUCUGCUGGAUCACCUCAACCUGCACAGCGGGGACAAGCCACACCGCUGCAACUACUGCGACAUGGUUUUUGCUCACAAGCCAGUUCUCCGCAAACACCUCAAACAGAUCCACGGGAAGAACAGCUUUGACAACGCAAACGAAGGCAACCUGCACGACGGCGGGCUUGACUUUGAUUUUGGGCAAAUAUGAACUCUGUGGACCUUUAUUUUGUUUUUUUAUAGAAGCUUUAGUAGACUUUCCCUCAGAUGGAACAUUAGAAUCCUAAAUUUAGAAGUUUGAGAAACUGACACAGUUUAUACAAAGCUGGAGCACAGAAGCUGUUCUUCUCUGUGUGAGAAGCCAUUGAUUGUAUUAUUGACAAUUGGCAGAUGAACAUGGUGGCUGGUUUCCUCCAGCCUCAUCCUGAUGGGUUUAACUGGAGAAUGCAACAUGAAGGGAGACCUUUUCCUCAUCCUACAUUUAACUGUAGCUUCAUUACUGUGGACAGUUUUUUUUAAAUGUUUUUUUCUACAACACGUUGUAGAUGCCUUCAUAUUGUACUUGAAAAUUCAGCACUGAAACACUAAAUAUAUAGACUGUACUUCAUUAGUUUUAUUGAUGAAUUAGCAUGUCUUUAUGUUACGCUGUCCAAUGAGAAAAGAACGUUGAUAAUGAAAAAGAUCCCUAUGUAUAUUGUGUAUACAGUCUACUGUAGCCUUUCUUCCUUUCUUACCUGUGUGAAUAUGACAACAUGGACUUAAUAACUUAAAGAAACUUGAAACACGGUGGUUAGGAAAAAUAUUUUAUUGAAGGCAAGCUACGCCAGUGACCAACACAGAUGCCAAAGUGUCUAAGUGAACUGAAAUGGUUCUUUUAUACAGAAUUUAUAUCUGAGGUACUAUUGGACCAAAGUUACAAUGUAUCUGUCUUGUGUUCACAAAAAUCAAUGUGUGUUAUGAAAUUAAAAACUGACUCUUAAUCAGU